AUGCGGACUUGCAAGUUUUGCGGAAGCAGCGCCGACGAGCACAUGCUCUUUGGCUGCCUAACCGUUCCGGUCGCGAGCGAGUCGGCAGAGCCAGGUGAGGCUGCAAAGUCAGAAAGCGCUGCGUCGACAUGUCCGUUCUGCCUCGAAGACAACAUACACGUCGGAGCCUGCCCGCGGCUGUGGCAGACAUUUGUGCCAAGCCCGACCAGCAAGCGCAGUGCGGCCGAGAUCUCGACCGCUUGCUACUUCUGCGGUCUAGAUGACCAUUUUGGUGGUGAUUGCAAGGACAACACCGGGGAGCACAUCUCGGGCCGGCGGUAUGCUCUUCAGGACGAUAUCUGGAACCGCAAGUACGUCCUUCAGUUCUCGGACCUCACAAAGGUAAAGUCCUUCACAGGGCCGUCCGUUCUUGACACAGAUGCCGCGUCUACGACGGUGCUGGUGGUGCGGGGAUCGAAACGGCAAAAGAAGGCCCAUGCGGGCGCCGGUGAUAGCAACAAUGACGCGCAGAAAGGAGGUAGUGGCAGCAACAUUAAAGCUGGUCCUGGCCACGAUGCCAACACGAAGCCCAAGCGCAAGGGGAGGAAAGGAAAAAGCAAGGUCUCGCAAUCAGAGCCUUCAACGGGGGCGACGAACGCUGGAGACCAGAGCCUUAAACUCACACAAGACAACUCGAACCCCUCAGAGCAAGCAAAGGCCAAAGGAAAACAAGCUGCUGCAGAGCCUCAAGUCUCUCUCCCGACUCUGCCAACGACGGCAACCCCUGCCCCGGUUACGGACCCGGCUGCAACGUCGGCGCCGAAUCCAAUCUCUCCUUCGACCGGUGCCCGUGAUGCUUCUGCCGCCGUAUCAAGUAAUCCCAAGGCAGUGCCGUACUGGAUGAUCCACAAAGGAAAAGCGGCCCAAAGCCAUGGUGAAGAACAAGGUCAAUCUCAGGCUCCGGACAAGGCCUCAGCCAAAGCUGAACGCCGAGCUCGAGCCGCUGAUCUCCAAGCUCAGCAGGAGGCCAAGGCCGCGCUCAAGGCCGAACGCAGGGCCCAACAUGAAAUUCAAGCGGCCGCUGCCAAGAAGCGAAAGGCGGAAGCGGCCAAGAAGAAAAAUGCCGACGGGGCAAGAAAGAAGAGGAGGAGAAAAUCGCAAGACGUGGAGGCCCUGCGUGAGAAAUACCCACCCAGACGACGACGCGGCCGCAACGGAGAUGGCCCGGGAGAAACCCAAGGAGGAGGUGAAGGCAAUGCCGCUGCCUCAUCCUAA